CCUCUCUACACUACCUCACACCUUUCCGGCGUCCUGAGCGAGCGCACGACGACACAAUGGGUCAGAACUGGAGCCUCCUCACUCAGUGGUUCCCCCCGCGCUCCCACUUCUCCGUCUCCGACAUCCCUGAUCUCACCGGUCGCGUCGCCCUCGUCACGGGCGGGAACUCCGGAAUUGGCAAGGAGACCGUGCGUGCGCUCCUCUCCCACAACGCCACCGUCUACGUCGCCGCCCGGGACCGCUCCAAGGCAACCGCCGCCAUUGCGGACCUCAAGCGCGACACCGGAAAGGACGCCAUCUUCCUCGAGUGUGAUCUUGCGGACAUGCAUAGCGUGAAGCGCGCGACAGAGGAGUUUCUCGGAAAGGAGACGGAGCUGCACAUGCUUUACAAUAAUGGCGGCGUCAUGUGGCCAUCCGCCUCUCUCCUCACAAAAGAUGGAUACGACCUCCAAUGGGGAACGAACGUCGUCGGUCACUUCCUCCUCACUAAACUGCUUAUUCCUGCCCUCCUUGCCGGCGCACGCUCCUCCCCCGAUGCGAAAGCGCGUGUCGUCACUACCGCGUCCAUGGGUGCCUAUUUUGACGUCAUCGACUGGGAUUCGUUCCGCCCCGGCCCUGCCCGUGACAAGCUGAACACCUACACGCUCUACAACCAGAGCAAACACGGAAACGUGGUAUUCGCGAAGGAGCUCGCGAGACGGUACGGCGACAAGGGAAUUGUCUCCACCUCUGUCAACCCGGGCAACCUCAAGACUGAGCUCCAGCGACACUUGGACCCCAUCAGCCGCUUCCUCAUCCAACUGGUGCUGUAUCCCGUCCCGUACGGGGCUCUCACGCAGCUCUGGGCCGGCACGUCCCCCGAGACGGUCGACCUCAACGGUAAGUUCUUCAUCCCUUGGGCACGCGUCGGGGAGUGCAGGCCCGAGACAAGCGACCCCGAAAACGGACGGCGGCUGUGGGAGUGGCUCGAGAACGAGACGCGGGACUUUUGACACACCUUCAGGGUCGUCUAAAACACUCAGUAUUCAGCCCUGUUCGGUACAAACCCGACACUGGUCUCCUCGCUUCUGUUGCUUACUUGUGGUGUGGUGGCAGCUGUCAUGCUAUGUAAUCGCCUCCGAUGCGAACUACAUGCUCGGGGUGCUAGUAGACUAGGUGGUAGCUGUCAAGUACUGUAUGAAUUGUGCGUGUGAGCCAGAGGUGAGGAAAUGGCAGAGGAGUGCAAUCGAGAUCAUAUACGGGCAUCGACCCCGGGAGACUGG